UCUUCGGUCGAUGGUCAGGCUUUCAGGUUAGGUUAGGCCGGUGAAUAGUGUUUCUAUAUUAUAGUUUGUGGGCCGGUGAGCCGGCCAAGUUGAGAGUUGAAACUGGUUGAAACAGUUGUACUUGUGGUGUCCUGUGAUACUCGUACUCGUAUAUAUAAAGGUACUCUGUGUCGUACUCCCUGACGUACGACGAGAGCACAGAGUACAUUGUAUAUAGGGAAGACGAGAGGAUCAAUGUCAAUUCAAUAAUUUCAAUUUAAAUUUUACAAUCACGGUCAUGAGAAGCGUUCGCGUAUAAAACGAAUACUCUUUGCUAUUGGAGGGAAUCGUUAAAAUCAAUUCGCAACAAGGAGUAAUAAUUUAGUACUACACUAACUUCUUAUGCAAGCAGUUAAUUUUUUGCGGAUGUUGAAGACCGGCAAUAUGCUACGAUCAACACAUAGCCUUUUUUUAAUUAAAAAAUUAAGGCUUUCCUCAGUCCUUUUCAGAAAUUCCUCGGUCGGAGUAAAAGGGGAACCUGCGAAACCAAACAUACAAACUUCCGUACCUGGACCAAAAUCACAACAACUUUUAGAAGAAUUAAGUUCACUACAGCAAACAGGUUCGGUACAGCUUUUCGCCGACUAUGACAAGUGCAUUGGAAAUUACUUCGUUGAUGCCGAUGGAAACACGUUUCUCGAUGCAUUUACGCAAAUAUCGUCCAUUCCUAUCGGGUACAAUCAUCCAAAGCUGAUGGAAGCCUUUAAGGAUGAACAUUAUUUGAAAGAACUUGUCAAUCGGCCGGCCUUGGGAGUAUUCCCUUCUUUGAGCUGGCCUGAAAUGUUGAAGAAUGUGUUAAUGUCAGUUGCGCCCUCCGGCUUGAAUUGCGUAGCAACAAUGAUGUGUGGGUCCUGUUCUAAUGAGAAUGCAUAUAAAAGUGUUUUCAUGUGGUAUCGUAACAAAGAUCGUGGAGGAAAAAUGGACUUUACACCUGAAGAAAUGGAGUCUUGUAUGAUUAAUCAGCCACCAGGAGCUCCAAGUCUAUCUAUUUUGUCUUUUAAGGGUGGUUUUCACGGUCGCACUUUUGGUGCGCUGUCCACUACAAGGUCAAAGGCAAUACAUAAGCUGGAUUGUCCGGCGUUCGAUUGGCCCGUGGCACCUUUUCCAAGAUACAAAUAUCCACUUGAUCAGCACCAACGUGAGAACUGUGAGGAAGAUCAAAAAUGCCUGGAGCAAGUGGAGGAAGUUAUUCAAAAGUACCACAAAAAGGGUAUUCCUGUAGCAGGAAUGAUCGUAGAACCAAUACAAGCAGAGGGUGGGGAUAAUGAAGCCUCUCCAGAUUUUUUUAAAAACCUUCAGAAAAUAUGCAAAAAAAAUGGCAUUGCCCUCAUUAUUGACGAGGUACAGACAGGCUGCGGGCCGACCGGCAAGAUGUGGUGUCACGAGCACUUUAACUUACCUUCACCCCCUGAUAUCGUUACUUUCAGUAAGAAAAUGUUAACAGGCGGCUUCUAUUUUAGCGAAGAAUUCAAGCCAUUACACCCCUAUAGAGUUUUCAACACUUGGAUGGGAGAUCCGGGAAAAUUAAUCCUUUUGAAGCAAGUGCUAACAGUCAUUAAAAAUGAUAAUCUAAUUUGUCAGACUCAAGAAACCGGAAAGUAUUUAAAGGAAGGUCUUCACCAGUUGGAGAACGAGUACCCUAAUAUUAUUAACAGUGUUCGAGGACGUGGCACAUUUUUAGCUUACAACGCACCUACAACUGAGCUUAGGGACAAGAUUAAUAAUACUUUAAAGAAAAACGGUGUGCUCAGCGGAGUGUGCGGUGAGAAAACGAUCCGCAUUCGACCGGCUUUGAUAUUCGAAAAGAAACACGCUGAAAUAUAUUUGGAUACUUUGAGGAACAUUUUUAAAGAAUUUUAAAUGCGUGAAAUCGCAAUAUUGCAUUGCAUAUACGAGACUUCACAGUAUUACUAGCAUUUACGUAUUUAUCCGAAGUACUGUAUUUUUAGAUAAUACGCAACAAAAGCACAAUUUAGCCGUGAAGUAAUUUCAAGACAAUAUGAUAGUAAUUGAAAUCGUCUAAGAACGCUUUGUAUGAGCAUGGUCAAAGAUUUAAGAUUAUGUAUCAACCUAUAACAAAUGAUAUUUAAAAGUAUUUUACUGUGUUAUAAUUUUGGUCUGUACUGCUAUAAUGAUCUUGUAUGCCUCAAAAAAGUCUUCCAUUAAGUAUAAUAAAUGAUUAUUUGCUAACAAGUAAUGCUUUCCUUGUUUACUAUCUAUUGCCUUUUUUAUUUAACGCAUAGAUAAAUAAAUAUGUAGCAAGCUAAUUUAACGUGAGUGGCAAAGUUUAAUUACAUGCGAAGCAUCAUAUUAGUCUGUGGUUUUUACUAACGUAUUAAAAAUGGAAGCAGUGCUCACUAUUUUGUUGUUUCUGGUUAAGUUGACGGAAAUUUAAUGACAAAAUUGGUUUAGGGCUCUAUUUUAGAGCAUCAUCUUCAGGAAAACGUUAACGCAUUAAUUUCAGCACCCCGGAAUGACAAUGUCGUGUUCUCAACACUAUCAUUCAACAACGUCUACACAGCCCUUAACGGCAGUUUCUUUCACUAUUAUUUUUGUUAGAUAUUUUAUUAUUAGAGAAAGAAACGAUCUUAAAAUCCACCCGAUGAUUAGCGGCUACUGCAGUUCAUGGAUAUUUUUGACUAUAAUGAAACUAAAAUUGAAUAUGAAAUUAGCCUUUAGUCAACUUGAAACAAAAAAAAAAACAAAAAGUGCGUUGUGACCUCCGAGGACAAGGAUUUAAACUAAUUUAAAAGUUUUUUUUUUUGUAAAUUAUAUACCUAAGUAUUAAAACAAAGUAUCGGUCAUUAUUUGACGAUGCAUUUUGCGAUGCGAUUUUAGUUGAAGUUCAUUGAUGCUUCUAUUGCUAUUGCUAUUUAAAUUCUUAUGCAUCAGCCCAUAAUACUACACUCCUGGACAUGAGUCUCUUCCUUUGUACGGAGAAUCUCUUAUAAUCGUCACGCUAGGCUAGCGGAUUGACAAAAUUUCAAUACUAGUCGUCUCGCUCCCACAUUAAAUAAUGUCACUACGUAAAAGGUAACAGAUACAUCUCUAUGUUUCCCUUACAAAAGCGAAAACACCUAUUACCUAAUCUUUAAUAAUAAUCCCAGACGUUAGCUGCAAGCAGAAAUAUACCUUCUACACACGUACUGCGAGUUGAGGACGCUUUAUCCACCAUGCUACCUACGUAUGGGCACAGAAUAAAUAAUAGUACAAGAACAGAAGGAUCACUCUCUGAUAGUAAACUUGCAAGUUUAAACCUAGUUACAACGUCGCUAAUGUUCAUAAUACUUUACACGCCUCGGAUAUGACCUUGGUUAAAAUAUAUAGAUUAAAUAGUCGAAAAAAAUUAUUGCGUCGCGCGUAUUGAAUCAAAAUGCACUUUACGUCCGUGUGCAAGAGUCUGUAUCACUUAGUCCGUUAGGCGCCUUUGUCAAGGCCGCUCCUACUGUAGGGAUAGGUGUUGUGAGAAAACAAAUUGAAUCCUUUGAUAUUAGUUAAUAGUAGAAUACACUGAAGUGUGCAAUGUAUUAGUAAUUUGCUAAAACGAACAUUAUUGUUAAAUGAGAGGAAGAUUAAUAUGCAACAUACAGAAAAAUUAAGAUUAUAACAACAUGAAUGUCUUUGAAACUCAGAUAAUUUACUGACCAUUUUUAAGCUAUUUCAAAAAAAGUUUUUUUAUGUGUGUUUCCUCAGAAAUUUUUCUAGGUUAACCGAUUUUGAUGAUUCUUUUUUUUUGAAAGCUGGUGCUUAUAAUUUAUAUAUCCCAUAUAAAUUUGACCGGUAGUUAUGGAGUUGUCCUUAAUAAUGCUUAUUAAUAUUGA